AUGGCAGCUCUUCGCACAGCGUUGCGCCUGGCUGCGCCGACACGAGCUGCACUCCGACCUUCCUUCGCCGCACGAUCGUAUGCCACCGUGACGAAAGAAAGCGCCUACGAUCUCAGCGCCAGCCGGCCUCCUAUUAACGAAUCGAAGACCAGCACCGUGCAAGAACCGAGACCUGACAAGGAUGCGAAGAUCAAGACAUUCCACGUUUACAGGUGGAACCCUGACGAGCCGACCUCGAAGCCUCGGAUGCAAAGCUAUACCUUGGACUUGAACAAGACCGGUCCCAUGAUGCUGGAUGCGCUGAUUCGGAUCAAGAACGAGGUGGAUCCUACGCUGACAUUUCGCCGAAGCUGCCGGGAGGGUAUCUGUGGUAGCUGUGCCAUGAAUAUCGAUGGCGUCAACACUCUGGCUUGCCUGUGCCGCAUUCCCACAGACACAGCCAAGGAAUCUCGAAUUUAUCCCUUGCCGCACACAUAUGUCGUGAAGGACCUGGUCCCCGAUUUGACGCAGUUCUACAAGCAAUAUAAAUCGAUCAAGCCCUUCUUGCAAAGAGACACGAAGUCACCAGAUGGCAAGGAGAACCGACAAUCACCAGCCGACCGAAAGAAGUUGGAUGGUCUCUACGAAUGCAUUCUGUGCGCUUGUUGCUCAACCUCCUGCCCGUCAUACUGGUGGAACAGUGACCAGUACCUUGGACCCGCCAUUCUCCUCCAAUCGUAUCGCUGGCUCGCUGAUUCUCGGGACGAGCGCAAGGCUGAGCGCAAGGAGGCAUUGGAGAACAGCAUGAGCUUGUACCGAUGCCAUACCAUUUUGAACUGUUCAAGAACAUGCCCGAAGGGAUUGAACCCGGCAAAGGCUAUUGCUGAGAUCAAGAAGAGCAUGGCUUUUGCUUCAUGA